CGUACGCUACAAACAUGAUCUUAACAUUCUUAUUGAUUUUUCUAAAGACAUUAGACAAUAUAGAUUUAAGAAAUACUGCCAAAGAUGACGAACAAAAUCUUCGAGCUAAUGUUCAUUUUAAAAAUACAUCGUCGAACGACGACGUAAGCUUACAAAAUGGCGAAUUACCACCUUUAGUACCGUUGGAAUUUCCGGAAGGGAUUUACGAAAACGGAGCUGUCGAUGUUUUGGGAGCUGUGAAGAAAAAACUCGAGAACUUUUUCGGCGAAACGAUGACGGAAGAGGUGAUGAAGAUUGAAUCCAGUGAUGGUGUUUUUGAUUAUUUAUCCAAAGCUGAUUUUCAUAGUUAUUGGAUCAACGGUAUACUAAAUAAUGUGGGCAGUAUUUUAAAAUCAAAGCAAUCACCUUUGAUUGGGAUCAAGAGCAAGAAACAGUGUAGAAAAAUAUGUCAUAAAAAUCAAUCGGGCACAAUGAACUAUUUGCAAACAUCCAUACAGAAUGUUAUUUCUUCGUUGACCAAAGAAGAUUAUCGUUUCGAGUUCUCUCAAGAUCCGAAAAAAAGUUUCAGUUAUGACUCAAAAACGGAUGAAUGUAAAUGCCUCGAUGGAGGCUACAUGGUGAAAGUUAGCCCCAGAUUGAAAGAACUCAUGGAGAAAAAAUUUCUCAAAAGUGGUAAAUCGUUACCUGAAAUAAUUCUCGAAGACGAACCUACGAAAACUGUCACAAAUUACAAUGAUUUCUUAAGUUGGAGAAACAUGGCGAACAUGGGAAUGCACCUGACAGGUUGGAAAUCGAGGGCUAAACGAGAUGUAGAUGACGAUAUAGGAGAAUUUAUCGCUUAUCACGGGCUCAUCCUUGUACUUUUGUUCAUAUUUUGCCAUUGCUUGUUCUACAUUUACCUUAUUUACGUUGCCUUUGCACUUUUAAACAAUUUCAUUUUUUAAUAAAAUAUCAGUCGAAAUUAUGAUUAAAAUAAUAGGUAGGUACGUUUUUAAAAUGAGACAAUAUCCCAUAAACAUGCGGAACAUUUCUAUCUCUAUUAACAUGGCACUGCAGCUAUCGGCAACGAACAGAGCAAAACUUGGUGAAAUGAAAACUAGAAAAAAAAAUAUUAAAAAAUUAAAAAUAAAAAAU